UUUUGCUGAUGGACUACAAGGCAGACACAGUCAGAUUUCUCUCUCUGAAAACCAGUUGGAGUUAUCAUUAAGUUGUGCUGUGAAGACCAGAAUCAUUUUUUUCUCGUUUCUUCUGGUGAUUAUUUGCAAAUGAUAUAAUGUGACUUACAUUUGCAAAUUAUAUUAGAAGAAUUAAAUCCAAGUUUCGGGAGCUAUUUCAUUCUUAUUUGUUUUAUUGUUUUGCUUCUUCACAUUUUGGUUGCCUUUUGUAUUCUUUCUAUGGAAGCAAGGAUUGUUAAGAAACCAAAGCAUAACAACAACAAAAUAAUACAUUAGAAAAAUCCUCUUAACAGAUACUACAUAAAAGGUGAAUUGGACGAUCACAUAUGCUUUAUUUCAUGUAAUAGAUUUCAGUCAAACCCAAUGGGACUUGGUCCGAGCUCCUUUGGUCCCUACAAGGAUGCAAACGGAAUCAUGUUACUUGCUACAUAAGUUUCAUGCAGCUGAUAUGGUUUGCAGAGAUGGUCCUGUACCAGGCAUGUACAGACUUGCAUUACUGACAAGACCUAGCAGAUACUGAAACAACCACAAGGGUGACAGUGACUCCCUCCAAUCAGCUGACUUUACAUGUACUCAGUGCUGGAGAGUUACUAUGCAGUUUGGACUGUUUGCUCUGCUUGUCUUAAUCUUGAUGGAUAUUACAGACAGCAACAAGGUUGUAAGGGGGAGGCGACACAAGAGAAGAAGUACAGAGAUGAACCUGGUCUGCGCCAAGGGAUGUGAGUCAUGUUCUGAAUUUAAUGGGUGCAUUAGGUGCUUACCGAAGCUUUUCAUGCAUCUGGAGAGAAAUGAUAUCCGACAGACUGGGGUCUGCUUGCAGUCAUGUCCCGAGGGAUACUACGGUGAUCGGAAUGUUGAUAUCAAUAAGUGCAUUAAAUGUAAAAUGAAUAACUGUGAGACCUGCUUCAGCAAAAACUUUUGCACAAAGUGCAGUGAAGGUUUUUACUUACACAAAGGAAGCUGUUACUCUUCGUGUCCGGAGGGCUUCGUUGCAACCAAUGGCACAAUGGAAUGCACCUCAGCACAAUGUGAAAUGAGUGAAUGGGGAGCUUGGGGGCCAUGCACGAGGACAGCAAAACAGUGUGGAAAAAAGAAAGGCACUGAAGAAAGGACUCGAACAGUUCUGAAGGCAGCGCCUGGGGGCAUAUCCCUUUGUCCUCCAACCAAUGAAAGGAGGAAAUGUACAAUGCCCAAAAUCCCAUGCCCAAAAGGAGAAAGAGCACAAAAAGGACAAAAAGGGCAAAGAGACAAGAAAGUUGACCAAGGGAAAGAUCAGAAGAACAGAAAUCGAAACAAGAACUUGGAGGAUGGAGGAAACAAAAAACGGAAAAACCAGCAGAGGGUGACUUCAGUGCCCAUCACUCCUUCUGUGCCGGCAUAGUAGUUGCCAAUAUACGGUUCAACCAUGGCAAAAGAUUAAUGCUGCUACGUAUCUAAAAAGCUUUCUUGGACUGAAACACUGCUACAACCUAAGCACCUACACCAUUGGCAA